CAUCAUCGCCACUCACCAAUCCAUCCAUCACACACCAUGGCUGCCGGGAAAUUCCAUUGCGACGUGUGCUCGUCCGAUUGCACCAACCGUGUGCGCAUCCGCUGUGCGGUGUGCAACGAGUACGACUUGUGUGUGCCGUGCUUUGCCAACGGGUCCGCGACAGCCAACCACAAGCCAUGGCACGCGUACCGCAUCAUCGAGCAGCACGCGUACCCGAUCUUCGACAAGGAUUGGGGUGCAGACGAGGAGUUGCUGUUAAUAGAAGGCGCUGAGCAGUUGGGGUUGGGUAACUGGCAGGACGUCAGCGACCACAUCGGCAGUAGAACAAAAGAGGAGGUGGGCGAGCACUACACGCGCUGCUACUUGCAGAGCAAAGACUACCCGCUCCCCGAGACGGAUACAGACUUGUCGCACAUCACGCCGCAGGUCUUUGCGGCAAUGCGCAAGGAGCGGCUCGAGCGCUUGGAGCGCAAGAAGAACGGGCCGUUACCACCGCCAAAGCCCAAAGCCAGCGCCUCGGUACCGCUCUGUCAUGAAAUUCAGGGCUACAUGCCGGGCCGGAUGGAGUUCGAGCACGAGGUGGAGGACGAGGCAGAACACACGGUGAAGGAGAUGAUCUUCGAUCCGGACGAUCAGCCGAACGACAUCGACUUGAAGUUGACCAUUCUAGAUAUCUACAACUCGCGGUUAACCACACGAGCCGAGCGCAAGCGCAUUAUGUUGCUUAAUGGGUUGCUUGAAUACCGCAAGAACAUCACGCUCGACAAGAAGCGGCUGAAGGAGGAGAAGGAGGUGUUGAAGAAGAUCAAUGCCAUGAUCCGCGUAAUGACGCCUGCAGACUUUGAAGACUUCCUGCGCGAUAUCCUCACGGAGUUGCGGUGCCGCAUCCGCAUCCAGCAGCUCCAGACGUGGCGCCGCAACGGCAUUCGCACCGCCGAGGCCGGGAACCGAUUUGAAAAGGACAAGAUUGUGCGGUUGAACGCGUUACAGCGGUUCGGCGCCGGCUCUGCGUUGAGCUCGCGGCACACGGCCAACUCCAUCGCGUCCAAUGCAUUGGGCACGCCGCGCGGCCGUGGGUCCGCCACGCCACAGCCGGAAACCAAGCCGCCCAAGAAGAACAUUAACCAGCCGUUGGACAUUUCCGGCGCCGCUGACUUUGAUCUCUUGUCGCAGGAUGAAAAGAUUUUGUGUGCAUCCUUGCGCAUGUACCCGAAGCCAUACAUGGCCAUCAAGCACCAGUUGAUGCGCGAUGCCGCCAAGAGCGACGGCGUGUUGAAGAAGAAGGAGGUCAGGCAGAGCUUGAAAAUUGACGUGAACAAGGCCAGUAAGAUUUUUGAAUUCUUUGUCACCCAGCGCUGGAUCAACCAGGGGUGAUACGGGGCUACAGAGAGGAGUACGUUUGGAUAGAGCGCGAGGAGGGGUUUUAUACGUGAUCCGUCAAUGAGUACCCUGUACUCUUGCUCAUUGGCAAUUUGGGCAGUGGAUAAAACCAUUUGGUAUGUGACUUGAUUGGUGUGGGCCAUGGCGAAGCUUACUAUAGCUACUCGGCAUAGCUAUUAUGGAUAUGGCUUUACAAAGCUGGGUUCAAAAAUAGUGUCAGAUAGAUAUACUUUAAAGGGUUUUCUCGUGAACAGAACCGUCUUUAUUACGGCUAUACUCUGAUAUGUCUCGGGACAUGCCUUAUAUUUAUUACACUCCUUGUAUCUUCAAAAGUGCCAUGUAAUAAUGUGCGUUUUUUUACACGUACCGAUCGUACUACAUUUCGGUAUAAUAACUAUUUCGGUAUAUAUGGACCUCUAGUCCUCCUCUAUUUGUGUAUCCC